UAUCCCUUGACUCUUGACAAUGUCUAGCUCAAGUGGCGAGGAUUCGCUUUUCGUGGAACAGGACUUGGAUUACUCCUCCGCCGACGGAGAGGCGGACGUCUCCCAGCCUGCCCCUCCCCAGUCCGCCAACCCCCAGCCCGCGGUCCAGCCCGCCGACAGUCCUCUCUCAUCGGUUGACGAAGAGUUCCUGGCCCAGGUCCGCGAGGGCCAAGUCACUUUUGAGGUCCUGGGAGAAGAACUCCUCUACCCCCAUCACAGUAACAGGCAAUACGAGGCGAAUAAUUCUCAUGCCCAUUGUGCAGGGCAUCCUCCUCUCCGGCGGCCUGAUGGCAAGCCUGGCUCGUCGAGUAUCUAUAGCUUGGCGACCGACCCAGCGGCCAACCUGAUGGCCGCGAUAAUCCAGACAACCGGCCCAGAGGCUGAGGAGCCCUGCACCCGGUGCAAGAAGGACUAUGCCGGCGUAUGGAUGCUCUGCAUCCGACCACCUUGCAAGUUCAUCGACGACAAGGUUCAUGGCGCCUGUGCCAACUGCGUCUUCCGCGGUCGGGCGGCCGACUGUAGUCAGAGCCGCAAGUGGAAGCUUGCCGACCAGUCGGGGAUGCUCUCCAAGGCCACCAUCUCCGAGAGCACCACGAGGUGGGCUGACGAGGUGGAGAAGAUCGCGUCUACCGUCUCCGACCCCGCGGCCAGGGGAAGAUUGGCUUCGCUGGCCGCCUCGCUUCGUCUUGGAGUGUUCAAUCCCGGCCCUACUCCCAAUGCCGAGGCCGACACUGGCCCUGCCGACCCUGCGCCAGGUUCGAAUGACCAGGCCCACUCCGCCCCAGGUGCGAGUGAAGAGGCCCUGCCUUGUGGCUGCCAGAAUUAAAUGCCAUGCCUGUCCGCCAACGGCCCCCCGCCGCCUUGCCCUCUCUAAUUUCUUACAUUUUCAUUCACCUGCCUUCUCGUCUUUCGUCAUAUAUUCUCGUGCUCUUCUACUCCCGCUACACCCAAUUUUUCUCCUCCGCCUUCAACACAAUUUCGGGACCCACGAUCACGUCUAGAUCUCAGUACUUGGCCUGCUUUAGCGAUUACUGCGUCUUUCCCGUCACCUCAACAGCUCGACACACAUUGUGAGUU